CGCGGGGCGGGGCUGCCGCCGCUCCUCGGCGGCGCAUGCGCAGCUCCUCCAGCUCCUGCAGCGGGAACAGAGCAGAUCGCGGGCGGGUCGCGCGACCACCCCGUGCGCUGAGACAGCCGCGCCUGCGCGGAGCGGCCGCCGCUGCCGGCGGGAGCCGGGCUGCCGCUGCCGUCGCCAGCGGCAAUGAACGCCGAGAACUUCGGCUGCAGCGAGCGCCUGGUGACGGCGGCCUACGUGCGCCAGGGGGCGCAAGGCCGCCGCGCGCACGAGCUGCGCCUGCGGGCGCUGCUGGAGCAGGGAAAGUGUCCUGAAGAUGGAUGGGAUGAAAGUACCAUUGAACUGUUUCUUCAUGAACUUGCCAUAAUGGAUAGCAACAACUUUCUGGGCAACUGUGGUGUGGGUGAGAGGGAAGGAAGAGUGGCAUCAGGACUGGUUGCCCGAAGGCAUUACAGGUUGAUCCAUGGAAUUGGAAGGUCAGGUGAUAUUUCGGCUGUCCAGCCUAAAGCUGCAGGGUCUAGCCUUCUGAACAAACUUACUAAUUCAGUAGUUCUGGAUAUUAUAAAGCUAGCUGGUGUCCGGACAGUGACCAAUUGCUUUGUGGUUCCUAUGGCAACUGGAAUGAGUCUAACUCUGUGUUUUUUGACACUGCGGCACAAGAGACCAAAGGCAAAAUACAUUAUUUGGCCACGUAUAGACCAGAAAUCUUGCUUUAAAUCUAUGAUAACUGCAGGUUUUGAACCGGUGGUGAUAGAAAAUGUAUUGGAAGGUGAUGAGCUACGGACAGACAUCAAAGCAGUGGAGGCUAAAAUCAGAGCUCUUGGUGCUGAAAAUAUUCUGUGUGUUCAUUCUACAACCUCUUGCUUUGCUCCAAGGGUACCUGAUAGACUGGAGGAACUGGCUGUGAUUUGUGCUAAUUAUGACAUUCCCCAUAUUGUCAACAAUGCAUAUGGAGUUCAGUCUUCAAAGUGUAUGCAUCUUAUCCAGCAGGGCGCUCGAGUAGGCAGAAUAGAUGCUUUUGUUCAGAGCUUGGACAAAAAUUUUAUGGUUCCAGUAGGUGGUGCUAUCAUUGCUGGCUUCAGUGAGUCCUUCGUUCAGGAGAUCAGCAAAAUGUACCCAGGAAGAGCAUCUGCAUCUCCUUCUUUAGAUGUCCUCAUUACACUUCUGUCUCUAGGUACUAGUGGCUACAAGCAGUUACUGAAAGAGAGAAAGGAAAUGUUUUCCUAUCUUUCAAGUGAACUGAAGAAGUUGGCGGAUGUCCACAAUGAGAGACUGUUGGACACACCACAUAAUCCCAUUUCCCUAGCCAUGUCACUGAAGAAUCUAGAUGAAAAUAAGGAUGCUGCUGUUACCCAGCUGGGUUCUAUGCUUUUCACAAGACAAGUUUCUGGAGCAAGGGUGGUUCCCUGUGGGUCUGUACAAACUGUGAAUAACUACACUUUUAAAGGCUUUAUGUCACAUACAAAUGACUAUCCCUGUGCUUACCUCAAUGCUGCGUCAGCAAUUGGAAUUAAAAAACAAGAUGUAGACAUAUUCCUAAAAAGACUUGACAAGUGUUUGAAGACUUCUAGGAAAGAAGUAAAGAAUGAAAAAAGUGUGGAUGAAAUAAGUAAUUCUAAUGCAGGCACAGAACAACUUGAAGACUAGAAGAUACAGAUUUUGUAACACAGGAAAAUACGCUUUUGUCUGAAGUAUGUCAGGUUUGUAUUGGGUUAGCCUUGAAAAUCUGCAGUGCAGAAAACAAAUUAUUCCUCAUCUGAGAGGAAGGAAGAAAACCAACAAAACUCAGGUGAAAUUCAGCUUUAAAGAAAACUUUAGGUGAUGUUCUCUCUGAAACAGAGGGCCAGUCACAAACUUUUUGCACCACUUAAAUGUACUUAACAUCUGCCAAAGUAAAGCUUACGUUCAUAAAGAUGUUGAGCUAGCCUUUUGGUCUGAGGGUGAUUUUGACCUAUUGUGACUGGUGUUUGACAAAUCACAGAAUGCUUAUUCCUUUAUUCUUGACUAACAAAAUUUUCUGUGGCAAUGAUUGCAGACCUUUCAGGUAUAGGCACAUAUCCAGCAAGAAAUGUUUCAUUGCUUCCUAAAUGUCUGUUAAUUGUUUCUCCUCAGCAUACUUGUCACUUUUCAUGUCUUCUCAAAGAUUUAUAUAAAAGUUUUGGGAUAGCACUUAAUAAACAUAAUGAUAAAACUGCAUGAAGAAAUGAGAGUUGAAGUAACAGUCUUUUCAGGGCCUCACACCACCUCAGGACUAGAACUGCUGCUUUUGGGUACAUUUUUGGCUAUGAACUGCCUCAAACAAAGCAACUCCCAGUGGCCAAGGAAAAACCAGAAUGCCUCAUAUCCUGUCAGUUCUUAACUCUUGGAAAUAUUUGCAGGCUUCAGCAACCCAAAGGAAUUUUUUAAGGGAGUGCAGUUAUAAAAGCAAGGGGCUGUGGAGUAUGGAGUGAAGAAAGUCUCUCCACCAUCACCACCACCACCCCUUUUUUUUAAUGCAUUUCUUCUCUUUGGUAGCUGCUCUAGAACAGAAGCAGGAGAUUCACAGAAAGGGAGGAAGUCUGUGGGAUGAGUCCAGCAAUCUCAAGAGCUAGUGAGACUUGAGGGUGUCUUGGCAUUUUCUUAUCCUGUCGUUUUUAAAAUGCAUUGACUUCCACUUCUCAGCUGUUGCCUGUCAUUGGCCCUGUUGCUUCUGUAGCUGUGUUCAGUUACUGAUGAGAAUUCACUAAGUUAACAAUAGAUUUAGAGUCUGUUCUUUGAACAAAGGUUCCACAUCACUGGAGAGACAUUGCUGUAGGUUUCAAAAUUUUUAGCUAAUUGUUAUUAUAUGCAGCUACUACACUGUAUGUAGGUUUGAUGUCAUUUACUGGCCAAAGCGAGCCUAAUGUUCAAAGACAUUUUUCUUUGUCUGUCUGUAAUGUAUUAACACUUAGGAUACCACAGUUAAUCAGUUCUAACCUCACAAAAUAUUCUAGUUGCUUUGUUUGGUGGAAUCAAGCCCUCUGUAAAUUGCUUAGUCAAAAUAGUGAUGCUUUUCAGAGGAUUAUCUCCCCAACAUGUUCAAUUAAUUGUUAUAAAAUAUGGUGUUAAUAUGUGAAAGUUAAUAGUAUGCUAAUCAUCAUGAGGGUGCUCUUACUUAGAAGUCAAGUCCAUUGUAUCUUAAGCUUAAAUUGACGCUGCUACUUCUACAUUGUUUCUGUUACACAAUAGAUUAAUUAAAGCUUGUGAAGGUAUGGCUACCUGGGCUACAGUCACACUUAUUUGCUAUACAAAUAUGUCCUAGGAGAAAUGUAAUCUUACUUGACCAUUUAGUCCAUGUGAUUGUAAGUAGAUGUAAAUUUUUGCUUUUUUACUGUUGAGAGCAUGCUAUCCUUUAGUUCUGCCACUCUGUAAAGCUCUCCCACAAGCUUAGGAGCCAAAACUCUGCAUCUCACUGCCUCUAUAUUCUGUAUAUUGGAGCAGCCAGUGAAAAAACACAAGGCUGUAGUGAUACCUUUCUUCCUGUUUUUGGAUAUUGCCGAUCCAUGCCUGGAUGAGCAUAAAUUAUUGAUUUAGAUGACUAGUCAUAGAAUGCAAAUUUUAAAAUCUCAUAGCAGUAGUUUUAGGGAGGUGCAUGAUAGCAGCUCAAGUAAGUGUUUGAUGAAUAAUAUCCUGAAACUGGACAGAAAAAAAACAGCAGUUGGCUUUUCUGAGAGGAAGAAAUCCCUACCUUUUAUGUUCUUUUAGUAAAUUGUCUGUUGAAAGUAAGUCACUCACUUCAACUCUAGAUUGACAUGCUUUCUCAGGUAGUGAUUUUCCUGUCUUCAAAAUAUUUCCAAAUUCAAAUGAAAGAUGAAAAAUUCAACAGCUCUCUCUAAACAAGUAUUUGAAGAGGGGGAAAAAAAAAAAAGCAAGUAUUCUGUUCUGAGUUCAACCUUUUAAACCUUUUAGUUUUUUUUAAUUAAAAAUCAUUUUAAGGUAAUGAUUUUGGUUACAAAGAAAAUCAAAGUAUUUUGGGGUCUAUGUAUGUCAUUAAAGCACUUUACAAAUCUCAGUGAUGCCAGUCAAGGUGGGGCAAUUUAAAAUAUUUUUAAAAGAGUGCCCCAUCAUGAUGUAUAGAUUCUUGAACUAAACAUUUGUGUUAGGUUACUUUGCUAAGUUGUUGUACCAGUUCCCACUGUUGUUUGCUUGCUUUGUGACCUGUAUUUGUUAGAUCUUAAUAUUACAUUUUUAGAGGCAAAGGCACUGUAUAACAUCAUUAUAAGCAGACAGUUUAAAAUUUUAUUUAAGUAGUUCAAACUGCAGCUUACAUUAAAGUAAAUGGAGAAGAAUUGUUAUUUACGACACGUAUUUGAAAAAGGAGAUUUGGUAGAUAAACAGAAUAUCUUUAAAGGAAUGAUAUAAUGCACUUUCUGUUCGCCAAUAUCUAUAAUAAAGCAGUGAAAUAAUAUUGAAACAUACAGGUAUUAGCAGAGUUUUCAUACUUCCUUUGUGUAGCAGAUGUUGGGAGACUUCAUGGUUGUGGCAGGCCUUACCCACUAAAAGCAGUAUUCAUGAAAGAUGGUAAUAGCAUGGACAAUAGCUCUGUCAAAAUAAGCAGAGUAAAACAAACUUAUUAACAAUGGUUGCCUUCUGUGAAGAUCUCUUCUAAGAUCAUACAGUGAGGUAAGAAGCUCCUGAGCUAAAAAUUAAUUGUGCAGCCUUAUUCUUCACUUCUGUAUAGGCGCUUGUCACUGAAGGCUUCCAGAUAACUCAAAAACCUGCUAGAACCAACCUGUUCUCUUCAGCAUCCAUAUUACUAGUGAGACAUCUAGGAUAACAACUUGAGGUUCAGCUCACAUACUCAUGUAGCAAGAAUGCAUAGUAGAAACACCAUGAACAGAUGGACAUUUAUUAAGGCUAUCUCACAGAUACUGUUUUUGCAGCUGUCAGUCUCUGUCUUCUGUGAUCUAGGUUGCAGCAUGUGGUUAUCAGCAGUGAAAUAGGAAAGGGAAAGCCCUGAAACAGUAGAGGCUAUGGAGUAAGCACAUGCUGCCUGUUCUGCUUCCGGAGAGACAAGGAUAGUAACCUUUGCCCGUGGGGCAGGGCGCACAGGUAGGCAGGAACAUCUCGGACUGCUGCUGUUUGAAUUGCCAAAGUGAAUUUCAUCCCCUACAAUGUCUGUAACUGUUCCAUGAGCUGCUUUUCUUUCCCUUCCCUCUGGUGUUACAUCUUCUACUAUCUGGAUCUAUAUAGGUGAAAGAAAUGAAGGAGUAGAUGGCACUGGGACACAGUGCAAGCAAACUGACAAUGAAUCAUCUGUCUCAAAAACUUGCUCUUAUUUUACAUCUUUUGUAUAUCUAACAUAAUGAAUAAAUCUGAGGACUAUUUAACCAAUA